AUGCCUCAGAACAUCUCCCCAUCACUGGAAGACAGGACAAACAUGAUGGCCAGCUCAGCGCGUGUUCUCUGGAGUAUGGUUUUCAUCAUCGGCUUGAUCUCCUCUCCCGCGGCCUCAAAAAGAAACCGUGGAUCACAAGGCGCCAUUCCUCAUCCGGACAAGAACAACCCAAACGAAUCGGAGCAGCAGCCUCCGCCUGCUCCUGCAGCGGGUUCAGGCACCCGUCAGAGGCAGAGCUCUUCCUCUCCCGCGGACGAGGUGCUGGAGUCCAGCCAAGAGGCGCUGCACGUCACCGAGCGUCAGUAUUUGAAGCGCGACUGGUGCAAGACGCAGCCGCUCAAACAGACCAUCCACGAGGAGGGCUGCGUGAGCCGCACCAUCAUCAACAGGUUCUGCUAUGGACAAUGCAACUCCUUCUACAUCCCCAGACACAUCCGCCGGGAGGAGGGCGCGUUCCAGUCCUGCUCCUUCUGCAAACCCAAGCGCUUCACCACAAUGACGUUCACGUUGAACUGUCCCGACCAGCAGCCGCCCACCAAGAAGAAGCGCAUCCAGCGCGUCAAGCAGUGCCGCUGCAUAUCCAUAGACUUGGACUAG